AGUGUAUUCAUCAUCCUCAAGAAGCCAUUUCAUUCUUCUCUUCUUUGAUAAACUUUACAAAACCAAAACAUAUAUGGUCAUGGCCACCUCAGCUAUAGCUCCAUUUUAUCACGCUUCUUCAACUGUAAAACUACUUUCUGAAUCGCCUGAUCUCAACUCCAUCCCAUGUGACUAUAUUCAGUCAACUAGUCCGGAUGAAUCCCUUGAGGAUUCAAAAUCGAUCCCCAUAAUUGACUAUUCCCACAUCAUCUCUACUCACAGUAACCAAAGGUAUAAGGCCAUCGAAGCCCUUGGCAGGGCUUGUGAAGAGUGGGGUUUCUUCAUGGUGGUAAAUCAUGGUAUCCCGGAAAGUUUGAUAAGGGCAAUGAUUCAGGUCACUUGUGAUUUUUUCAACAUGACUGAGGAGAAGAAGCAGCAGUUUGAAGGAACACAUGUUUUAGAUCCAGUGAGGUGUGGGACCAGCUUCAAUGCCUCAAAAGAGAAAGCGCUCUUCUGGAGAGAUUUUUUGAAGGUCUUUGUUCAUCCUGACUUUCACUGCCCCUCUGAUCCCCAGGCUUUAAGGGAUCUUAUGUUGGAAUAUUGUGAAAAUAGCCGUGACGUGGCGAAGAAAUUACUAGGGGCGAUACUGGAAAGUCUGGAUUUGGAGGAGUGUUCCAUCCAUAAUGUUUUGGGGUUGGACUGUAUGUUUCAAAUCUUCAUAGCAAAUUACUACCCACGUUGCCCGCAGCCUGAGCUAGCAAUGGGCUUGCCACCACACUCGGACCAUGGCCUUCUAACUCUUCUCAUAGAGAAUGGUGUGGGAGGGUUGCAAAUAAUGCAUCAAGGAAAAUGGGCCAAUGUCAAUGCCCUUCCCAACUCCCUUCUGGUUAACACCGGUGACCAUCUUGAGGCAGAUAUUGAGUAACGGGAAAUAUAAGAGUGUGGUGCACAGAGCUGUGGUAAAUAACAAAGUGACCAGAAUAUCAAUCGCCACAGCACAUGGUCCGUCACUAGAGGCAACUGUGAGGCCAGAUUCUAAUAUGGUAGAGAGGACAAGCAGCCGACCCGCUUACAGUCCAAUGAAGUACAAGGACUACUUGUAUUCCCAGCAGAGUAAUCAACUUGAUGGGAAAUCUUGUUUGGAUCAUGUAAGGAUUCUGAAGAACUGAAGUGUUUUUGGAUUGAUAUGUAUUUCAAUAAUAAUUGUCUUGUGUAAUAUUCGUAUUUCCAUGUGGUUCCAUCAUUUCCAAUUAAGCCAAAGACUCACUAUUUUUUUGCUUUUUAAUUUGAUGGAAUAAAACAAAAUUAGUCACUAAACUGUUAACGC